AUGUCUCCCUUCGAUGUCUUCCACUCGUUUUAUGCUCGGCCCGAAUACACCUCCGCCUCCUCCCCUGCCGACUUGUCGGACGCGUCAAAUUCCACGCACGAAGCACUCUCUCCUUAUUUCCUCGGUCCGCAGGGCGAGAACGCCGACCAACUCGUCAGGCUGCUCAGCAAGCUUGUGCACGAUCAGGUGGCGACGAGGAAGAAGUAUCAUCCCGAGGACGGUGAAUUCAUAUCUCCGAGUCUGCAAGAGACGAAACAUUUCAAAAGGAGCCAGGAGAAACUCGAGAAAGAGUUUGCAUACGUUUCCAGACUUCUCAACAAGUACUGUGUCCCGUUCUACUCCCCGAGGUACAACGGCCACAUCCAAUGGGAGCCCUCGAUCCCUUCGAUCCUUGGGUCGCUAUCUGCCACCAUUUUCAACCCUAAUAACGUCACUUUUGAAUCUUCUCCUUUCACCACUCUCGUCGAGAUGGAAGUCGGGAGGCAAUUUUGUCGUAUGGUUGGAUAUAACGUGGAUAAAGAAAGGCUCAACGGCGACGAGGAAGGAGAGGACGCCGUAGUUGGGUGGGGACAUAUGGUUUGUGGCGGAACAAUCGCGAAUUUGGAGUCGAUCUGGGUUGGUGAGUCAUACAUCUACGUUGUACUAUUUGCUUCUCGUAAUCUGAAAUUCUACCCUCUCGCGCUACAUGAGGCGAUGUCGCCCACCGGACCCCUCGCCUUCAUCGCCCCGAGAUUCCGUGUCACCCUUCCCACCUCUCCUCCGAUUUCCGCGAAUCACACAAGCCAACUAUUCAUCUCCCUCACCCCCUGGCAGCUACUGAAUCUCCCAUCGUACACCACCCUCUCCAUCCCUAGCCGGCUCGUCCGCCAAUACGGCAUUUCUCCGAAGUGGUUGGAAGAGAACUUAGGGCCUUAUUUGAUACAGACGCGUGGGAAGGAGGGGUUGGUGAGAAGAUAUUGCGAGAGAGGGGACGAUGGGGGGUAUGUGGAGCCAGAUUAUUUGAUCGCGUCGACAAGGCAUUAUAGUUGGCCGAAGGGAGCCUCUCUCGCUGGCAUCGGGUCCUCUCGCAUGAUUAAUGUCCCAAUCGAACCACUCACUGCACGUCUCUCCAUCCCCCACCUCCGCGCCGCGCUAGAAGAACGUCUGCAAAGACAGCAAGCCGUAUAUGCAGUUGUUGUUGUGGUGGGAAGUACGGAGGAAGGGGCUGUAGAUCCCGUGUUGGAGGUGUUGGAGGUGAGGAGGGAGUUUGCAGCGAGGGGUAUGAGCUUCCUUGUUCAUGCGGACGCGGCAUGGGGUGGGUAUUUUGCGACUAUGAUCCGCACGAAGGAGGAGAUGCAUUCACCACCUAUCUUCCCCGACGAAGAGGAAGAUGACGACGAAUCAGCAUCCCGCACUACUUCGGCGAUCAGCACCAACAACUCGUCCUCUUCCUCGCUGACAUUGCGAAAUGGUACUCCUCCUUCAGUCGGGGACGACGGAUCGGCUUACGAGAGGAAUAGCAGGAAUGGGAUGGAAAUUGUGGACAGGGAGGAUGGCGGCAAGAUGAAAAGGGAGGGGAAGGACCGAGAUUUUGUGCCGACGAUUACGAUGCGGGAGUGGACGGUGAGACAGUUGCAUGCGUUGAAGGGGUGCGAUAGUAUUACUUUGGAUCCCCAUAAAUCCGGCUACGUUCCCUUCCCCGCGGGCAGCCUGCUGUACAGAGACGAAAGAAUGAAGUACCUCGUUACGUGGACAGCGCCCUAUCUCGCGAAGGGCAAGAAAGGCGAGAGUUUGGGGAUGUAUGGAGUAGAGGGAAGUAAACCUGGUGGACCGGCGGUGGCGACGUAUCUCCAACAUCGAGUCAUUGAGCCGCAUAAGGAUGGGCAUGGGAAUUUGUUGGGAGAGGUUUCGUUUACCUGUAGACGGAUAUCCGCCCAUUGGGCCUCUCUCUCAGACGCAUUCACUCCCUUCGUCAUAGUCCCGUUCAACGCACUCCCAUGCGACUCUGCAUCGUCGGAGGGAACGUUCGACCACGACUCACCCUCGACCCAAGCGUACAAAUCCUUCAUUCGCACCUACAUCCUCCCCAAAUCCAACACCUCCCUCGUCAACGACACAAACCUCUACUCCGGCCAAACGCUCAUACAACACCUCUCCUCCCUGGGCUCCGAUCUUAACAUUAAUGUCUUUGCCUGCAACUUUCGUGUUCCCCAUACGACUGACGACGGAAAGAUCAGAUGGGUGUUGAACACCGACAUCGACGAGGCGAACUUUUUAAAUCGAAGGAUAUAUGAGAGGUGUUCAGUCACGAUGAGAGACAAGAGCCCCGGUGACGUGGAGUUGUUCUUGAGUAUGACGGUGUUCGAGGACGAGGAGUACGGCGAGUGUGGCGUCGAAUAUAAGAGGAGGUUAGGACUGGAGGUCGAAGAUGAGGUAUCUCGGAGAAAGGGGCAUGUGGUAUUGAGGAAUGUGGUGAUGAGUCCGUUGACGGCUGCGGGGAACUUUGUGAAGGAGGUGGCCACGGUGUUUGAGAGGGUGUUGAGGGAGGAGAUGAAACACGUCGUGUAUCGCAACAUUCCCCGCCCAAUGACUCACUCAUUCGUUCUCCAAGGUUCGGCAGACCGCAAAAACCUCUAUCUCGACUAUCGUCCCUUCUUCCAUGAAGUCAAUUGUAAACAACAAAUCAUCCUUCGCGUCGAAAUGCGGGUGGAGGAGGAUUGGGAGAGGUACGUGGCUGCGCGUGAGAGGUGGCCCGACGACGUAUACGUGCUUGAUAUGGAGAUGUGUAAGCUGGAGGAUUUGACGAGUGGGCGUGAAGCUCAGUCCGUGGGUACGAUAUAUGGGAGGAACCUUUUGAUGACGAACGUCCAGUUCACCAACGUCCGCGUCGUCAGGUCGCACUCACUCGCUGCCCGUCAUCAGGCCGUUCAUUACCCGGCUACUCAUACCCCGUUCUAUCUCUACGGAUCCUCCACCACUACCCCAUCUUUACCUUCGUCCUUCACAUCGAAUUCAUCCCAUACGACAUGCACGUUGCCUCCGACACAAUUAAUGCCUGAGAACCUUCACAUCACACACAUCCUCACCCGCGCGCCUAACGCCCAACUCUCUGCCUCCUCCGUGACGCUCUCUCCUUCUAUUCUCUCUUCUCUCAACGACGAGAAGCUCCGCGAAGGGGUAAUCCUGUGUCUGCGGGAUAGAAGGGAGGCGACGAUGCAACCUUUCUCUACGGGACCAGACCCGGACGACAACGAUGUCGGAAGAGAAAAUUCGGGCGUGGGCGGUCUUGGUCGUGGAUCUCCAGGGGCUAAUUGGCCGGGAUCAUGGUUUAAAGGUGGUGCGAUCUUCAAUGUUGUCGUAUAUCUCGAGGAAGACUGGAAUGAGUUGGAGAUAGAGAGCGAAUGGGCGAAGGAGGAUAAUUGGAUCGCAGAAGGAUGGGUAAGGUUAGACGGGAGCGUUUAUGUGGACACGGAGAGGUUGAAUCGAGAGGUAUUCGAACCCCAGGGUAGGCAGGAGGUGGAUGAAGCAGACGUGUUCCUCGAAGGGAAGCGUUCUCUGGAGACAGAAGGAAGGUUCUCCACUACCUGUGUUGAGGGUUUUGAUGUGGUUAUCGGCGGAAAGGAGGAGGGAAACUCACAGAAGAUGGUGUCAGAUGGGAAUGGAAGGGAGAGGCGGGGGACGUGCACCUGCGAUUUCCUUUAUGGUGCACGUCCUGUGGUCUACGCUCUCCUCGCUGCUUCAGAUCCGGCUCUCGUCCGCGGCGUCAAAUCACUCGUCUCUCAGGUUUAUACCACGGCCAGGAGCAGUGUUUGCGAGAAGAUCGAUUCGACUGCACAACAUGGGACGCUCUCAAGCACAGACCACCGAAAGCCCAUUGUUGUCACUGUGGAGCUUGAAACGAUACAACGACCCAUUGUCCACGGAAUGGCCUCGCCAGGGAAUAUAGAUCCCAAAUACCGAGAUAUGACCGACCGCGCCGAGGGUUUGGGGAUUCCGCAGAGUAUUUCCAGUGCCCAGCCCAAGUUUUAUCGUGACCACACAGACACAGACUGUGAGUUGAGUGUGGGAGCAAUUGUCGACCGAAAUGAAAUGCAGGAUAUUGGGGAACAACAAGGUACUGGUUUUAGGGACAUGACAGAUCACCACUCCAUGGAUAACCUAAGGCGCGAAGAGAUACAAGGAGAGGAUGCGUUCAAGAGGCAUAUUUGA